AUGACUACGUUCGCACUUUGUGAUGCUGUCGUGAAAUCGUUUCUCGAUGCUGAAGAAUUGAAGGAAAUAUCUGAAGACAGCUUAACGGUAGUCAAAAAGACUUCGUAUGGCGAAGGCCAAAACUUUGAAUGGACCUGCUUUAAGAAGAAGGGUUCAAAGGGCUUCCUGGUAAAGGCGACUUACUACACGCUCUUUCAGUAUGUUUUGCUGGACUGGUUUCUAGUUGACGAGUGCGAGUUCCAAAAAAAUACAUACGGAAAAAGAGUGAUUGUAUCUGAACAUCCUUCGUUAUCAGUCAAAUUACAAUGCAAAAUGGCUAGGCCUAUCGGUAAAGGCGACGAGAAUAAAGAACUGGAAUACAAGUUUAAUUACAAGCCUAAGACUAAAAAGUCUGACAAUGCUUUCACCGUCAUUAGCGAGAGGCAACCACUGGUAGACCUACACUGAAUGUAUAAGGUCGCAUUAAACCUUUUUUUAAUGAAAUACAUUUUUAUCACUUCUUUAUUCCAUCCCUGAAAAUAUCUUAUCAGUAGAACGAAGUUAUUGUUAAAAGCUGUUAUGUGUUAAACUAUUAAGUAUUUGCGACAAAAUGACACCAUUCUAGGUUUGCAUACGC